GCUUUGUCCUUCCUUGGGUUGGAUGUCACAGAAGAGAAGAGGAAGAAGUUGAGAGAGAGUCUAACCACAGACCCGCAAGGCACUGUGGCCUAUGGAGACUUCGUGGAGGCCACCCGGAACGUUUUCCAGGAGAACCUGGAGGAGCUGGGUUUAGGGGCGGGUCCCUUCAUGUUUUCCUAUCACGAAGCAGCUAGUUUGAUGGACACAUCUGCCUUCCACUCCCCUACAUAUGAAUCAGAAUGCAGCUACAGCAGUGAGGAGAUGGAGCAGUUUCAGACAGAGGUGAAGCAGCUGCAAACCCAGAUGAAGCAGCUCAAGGUGAUGCUGAAGGACAUGGAGCACAGCAAGAAAACCCUGGAGGACGAGCUGCAGAAGACCUCAGAGAAAGCCUGUUUGACUGUGGAGGAGAACACCCGUCUGAAGACUCGCCUGCAGGCAGCAGAGGCCGAGGCCGGCCAGCGGCACGCCAGCAGUGCGGAUCAGGACUACGAGGAGGUCAUCCAGCUGCUGGAGGCGGAGAUCAAAGACCUGAAGAACCAACUAGCCAGCAAGAGGCAGGCACGAGGACUGGAGUCUACCAAGGAGGAGGUGCUGGAUCUGAACAGGAGGCUGACAACUAUCGACUGCCAGCUGAAGAAGUCGGAGCGGAGCAGGAAACACCUGGAGAUCUCCAACAAGAAACUGCUGGGCUUUGCACAGAACGUCCACAAAGUGCUGACGACCCCCAGCCUGUUUGGAGGAGAAGGCGGGAGCAACAGGUCAUCUCCAGCCACUGACACCCCGUCACCACUUCCUGAUCCCGCCUUCCAACUGGCUGUGGAGGCCAAGGAGCUUGUGGCGGGGGUCGGCUCCCCCACUGCUGAUGAUAAAGCGUCAGUGUUGGAGGCUGCAUCAGUCCCAGACGUCAACCUUCAUCACAUGUGAGCAGCAAAGAGCCAGAGGUCUAUGAGAGGACCGGG